AUGAUUGUACACUCAGGAGCGGCCCUUCACGGCCAUGAAUUCUCAACACCUGAUGAACAGCCUCAGCCAAGCCGCUUCUCCUUUCUGUCUGCUCUACGACCACUCUUUGACACCGAACCGACAACUCCCACAGAGCUCACAGAGCCUACUUCACCCACUUUACCUACCUCACCAGUUCCCGACUCCAACGACACUCUCCCACCUCGCUCGGCUUCCGUCGCCGAGACUCGCAAUCCCCGUUCCUCUCUUGCAAGUCGACGUCGCACUACGUCUGAUAUCGCCACUGUCCGGUUCCGUGAGCCUCAUUCCGAUAUUGUCGGCCAGUCCGACGUCCCUAGUGAGGAUGAAGAUUCCGUCUCUGGUUCUGAAGCAAGCGAGCGGACAGACUCUUCAAUUCGGCUCAAGAGGAGAAAGCGUGGGCCGCGCAAGUCAUCGCGAUAUGCACUGGCAUUCCCAGCUCCAGGCUUGCGCACCAAGCAGCGGGCCUUUUUCCAGAUCCGGCCGCGAGUGUUGCUGCAACUUCAGAAGCUCGGAGAGAAGCGCGCGAUCCCGGCGUUUGACGUUGUUCCAUCAAGUCUCAUUGCGGGAAGUCUGAUCAUCCCGGCAUUGGUCAAGGCGUUCCCUCGCAUGUUCCAUGCCAAGCCUCAUCUUGGUCAGAACGAUCUUCUCUUGGUUCGGAGGGACGACUUUGCGCAUAAACACGACGGUCAUGGCCAUGACAACGCAUAUGAUAGCAGUACCAGUCUAGAUCAUAAGGAUGUCCUAGCCGUCAUCUGCACAUCCGACGACGAUGACUACGCCAAGAUUGUGCUCCAAGAUGGAACAAGCUGGGUUACUAGUGCCAGGGCCAAUGGGUCAUAUGAGUUUAACCACAUCAAUGACCAUGGAGAGGCCGUCAAAGCUCGAUGGAUCAAGAGACCCUUGUUCUCGCCAAGGGCAAGCUGGGGAUCUGCUCAUACUGCCAACACAACUCCCUCAUCACCGACUACUCCCACCACUCCCGACGGCAAGUGGACAUUUAGCAUCAUCGAGCCGUCAACACGCAGACAUCCGGUACAAGGAAUCCUGGAUUCUACAUGCUUGGAAAUUUACGAUACAUAUACCACCAUGUCCACAUCCAGCGGCAUCUACUCUCCCAUUACACCGGAUAUGAGUGGCAUCUCAGAAGACGCAGCCAACACGACAGAGGAGAGACCGUCGAUGGAGGUUUCCGAAUAUAACAAGACCCUCAUGAUGGCCACAGCGACUUGGAUCAGUCUCCGACAGAGGGGCUGGCCUGCAUCGGCGACUCCCAAGAUUCCCCGAGCCGUAUCCCAGCGCGUCAGCUCAGGGCGAGAGGCGAAUCCCCGAAUUUCAUUGGCUGAUGCGUCACCCGAGGAGUUGGCUGCUGCUCGCAACAUGACCUCUGGCAAGCUUCGACGAGCAAUGUCUUCGGGAAGCGAGUUUAUGAGGAAAAGACGCGAGGCGGCGGCAGUAUCAGCGACGUCCAGCAUUACGGAGAGGGAGUCGGACGAAAAGCAUGCGGAUGAUCUCAAGAUUAGGGAGCAAACGGGGACAUGCCGAACGCGUGUGCGGCGGCUAGCACAAAGAGUAUUUCACCACUCGAGCAAUCAACGAGUUUCAUAA